CAUUGGAAAUCCUCAUAUUUCGGUGAUUUUUUUCAGAUUCCCAUCGUUGAUUUAAUACCAGCUGCAUCUGAAGCGAUUAUGAAGCAUGGUCAUAAGCCAGUUUCGGCUCUGGCAUUUGAUCAUCAGGGGACUCGUUUUGCAAGUGGUGGUUUUGAUUAUAUUGUUAAUUUGUUCGAAUUUCAAAAAAUGGAUCUUUCUCUUCGUUCAUCUCGUGAAUUAUCGCCUUGUGAAUGCCAUGUCAUCAAUUGCUUAGCGUUUAGUCCGAACGGAGAAUAUUUAUUAGUAGGGAGUGGGCAUGCUCAGAUACGAAUUCUUGAUAGGCAAGGAAAGCAAUGGGCAGAAACAGUCCGAGGUGAUCAAUACUUGGUGGAUUUAUCUAAUACAAAAGGUCAUACAGGUUCAGUCAAUGCUUGUUGCUGGCAUCCCUUGAUAAAAAACGAGUUUUUGAGCUGUGCAGAUGAUGGCACUCUUCGAAUAUGGUCGCUGGAAGAUUUCAAAGAAAUAACUCGCUGCAUCAACAAACAACGUAAGGUUAUAAAAACAAAAACAGCCGGUGGCAAACGAGCCAUUCCAACGACAUGUGUUUAUUCUCGAGAUGGUAAACUUAUAGCAGCUGGUUGUAAUGAUGGUUCAAUACAAAUAUGGAAACAUGGAUCAUUUUACGUAAACACAUCAUAUCUCAAUCGAAAAGCACAUUGUGCAUCGGUUACUUGCUUACAGUUUUCUCCCAGUGGUGAACAUAUUUUGUCCCGUUCACUUGAUGGUACGUUGAAAAUGUGGCAAUUAAAUAAUUUCAAAGAACCAGUUCAGGAAGUGAAAGAUUUACCAAAUGAUUUUAUAAGUACUGACUGUGGUUUUUCACCUCAUGCAGAAAUUGUUUUCACGGGCACAUCAUAUAUUGAAGAAUAUAAUGUUGAUGGAUGUCUGUUAUUUUUCGAUUCAUCGAAUUUCGAACUUGUUUAUCGUAUCGAAUUCCCUAAAACAAGUUGUACGAAAGUUUUAUGGCAUCCAAAACUGAAUCAGAUCUUGAUUGGUUUGAGCGAUGGCUCACUUCGGCUUUUUUAUGAUUUGCGGAGUAGCGUUCGUGGUGCUGUUGAAUGUGUAUCGAGGCCGCUCAAGAGAGCGCGGCAACAAGAAGUUGUCAAAGAAGAAAUGAUUCUUUCACCUCUUACAUUAGAAAUGUUUCAACCUCGUGGUGAGGAAGGUGAAGAAAAAGAAGUGACCGCUUGGCGACUGAAGAAAUAUCUUCGAAUGCAAGAUAAUCGACUGCGCCCAGAAUUUCGAAAGCCUGCAGAUAUGCCAAUGAGUGGCCCUAGUUCUGGUGGUCGAGUGGCUAGUUCAGGUGGUACGUUGCAUUCUUACAUAGCCAAACAGGUUGGCACAAAAAGGAAUCAAGAUUUUCUCGCUGAUAAUGAUGUACGAGCGUCUAUAUUACGUCAUGCGGAAGAAAAUCCUUAUUAUGUUACGAAAGCAUAUCUGAAAAAUCAGCCAGUUACUAUAUUUCAAGAAAAGACUACGGCACCUGAGGAAGAAGAUGAUACUGAAGCUGAUUUAGAACCAGUUUAUAAAAGACCGAAAAAACGUAAUUAUACUAAAUAA